AUGGCCAGUUCGGAGCUGCGAAAACGAGGAUUCCGAGUGGAGCCCUUCACGAAGGACUGUCCGCAGUUGUCCAUUCCGUUGAUUUUACCCAACGAUUUCCUGUACAACCCCGAGAAAGGGUCGGUCCUGGACGUGGUUGGGGAGAGAAGACGACAGUUAAAUCUGAUCGAAAAAGCGGCAGAGUUGAUAGGUGGUAUAGAGGGCCCAGUCUGUGUGAUGGCCGUCUGUGGGGAACCCAUGACAGGAAAGGCGUAUGUAGUGUCCAGACUUCUUGGCUCUUCCAAAGCGUUUACUGUGUCUGCUGAGUUCAUGGUUCAGACAACCAAACCUUGUGGAGCAUGGCUAGGCACCAGCGUUCUUAAGAGUGAUGACGUCACAGUUGUUUUUCUGCAUGUCAAUUUAGAUUUUGAAGACGAUGCUGGGCUACUGUUAUCCACCCUGUUGAUCAGCUCUGUCGUCGUCUAUAACACCCUGGGAGUCCCAUCGAAAACGGAUCUGAACAAACUGAAAUUUCUUACAACGCUUGCAAAGAAUCUUAGCAUACAAGAGGGGCAGGUCGUCGCCGAUUUGAAAGAGUUCCGUUCUCACAUGCCUGAUUUCAUUUGGCUGUGCCGCGACGUCGAUAAAAAGUUGAUUUUACCGUCAACAAAGGAGGAGUUAUCAGCAAGCGAUUAUAUCUUAAGAGUGGUGUGUGGUCGUGACACGGCGGAGGACGAGCUGACCGAAGAAGACAGGACAGCCGAGGCCCUGGUCUCAGCGUUCUGCUCUGUGGAUGCUUUCUGCCUUCCUUGCCCAGGCCCAGAAGACGUGGUGGAGAAUAUCGCUAAACAUGCCGACAAAAUCAGCCCCAAGUUUACCAAAGAAUUGGAUAAGUUUCUGGAUGUCAUGGCACAGAAAAUUCGACCUAUAUAUGGAUUUACGGAUGGUUCUGCCCUUUCUGGUGAGACAGUGUACUAUUCGCUAUAUUACCUCCACUAG